AUGGUUAAUGCACAACAAGAAAUCGAAAGAAGAUUUCCUAAAAACGUUAAUGGAAUUUAUCUUGUUAACGUUAACUUGGAAGGAGAUUUAGAUUUAUCAGAAUACACUAAUUUAUCUGAAACGGUAGACAUCGGAUCUAACAUGCCUCGAUUAAGAAGUAUAAAAAUACCUCCUUUUUCUCAAAUUACUUGGAUGAGUAUUUUUGGCACUGGAAUUAAUGACUUUUCCUUUUUGGUUAAUCUUCCUUAUAUAAAGGGGUUUUGUUUUCCAAAGCCCGUUGUUUCAAACAAAAAUAAUGCUGAGGUUGCCAAAGCAAUUCGAGAUGUUUCUCGA